AUGGCAUCAUUGGCCUUUUUGUACACAAAGCAAAAGGCAACUAAGACAAUACUUAAUGUUCAAAGUUAUGACCUUCCCCUUGCAGAUUUUAAGUGCAAGCAGAAGGAACUUGGGCCACUUGGCUUGUCAAAGGCUGCCUUUGGCUUUGGUACAAGAAGAAGAAGCCUCAACAAGAAAUGCCCACCAACUCUCUACAUACCAACCACAAGGCACCAACAACGACAUCAAUUUCUUCUCCUUGUUCUGCUUCCCUUCUUUCCCUUCGCCAGUGAAAGACAAAGACCCUUUUUCUAUGGGAACCUCAACCAGAACCUCAAGCUCAGACGCUUGAUCACCACUCUCUCCAACUCAAUCCAAGCUCUGGGUCGUGGCUUUGAUGUCACUUCCGAUAUUAGGCUUCUCUACUGCAAAGGGACACCUGGGUCCAGGCUUGUGAUUCUUGAUGAAGAUCAGGCUAAAGAUCUUGUUUUGUCUGAUGGUGUUGUUGUGCCAAAUGUGCCUGUCGAUAUCGAUUGCGUACGUGGCCAGAGGACCACUGAGAAAAAUCCCGUCUGCAGCUUCCAUGAGAUGGCAGAAUACUUCAACAAGAAAUCAGGAAUGUCAGGACGCACUCCCCUUGGAAGCUUUAAUGCCAUGUUUAAUUUCACUGGUUCUUGGCAAGUUGAUGCAGCAGCAACCAAAUCCCUUGCUAUGGUUGGAUACUUCAUUCCACUAUACAAAGUUAAAUUAGAAAAAGUGAAUUUAGUUUUGCACGAGGAAAUCAAGCGUGCUGUUCCUUACUCAUGGGAUCCUGCGGCCUUGGCAAAUUUUAUCGAGAGUUUUGGUACCCAUAUCGUCACAUCUGCAACUAUUGGGGGAAGAGAUGUGGUCUAUAUCAGGCAGCACCAGUCAUCUCCUUUGUCAACAUCAGACAUUGAGAAUUAUGUGAAAGACAUUGGUGAUCAUAGGUUUGUGGACUCAAAAAGCCAGUCAACUCCUGGCCCAUUAAAAUACAAGGACAAGGAUGUUACAGUCAUCUUUAGGAGAAGAGGGGGCGAUGAUCUUGAGCAGAGUCAUGUCAAGUGGGCGGAGACUGUACAGCUAGCACCAGAUGUGAUUAAUAUGACAUUUACACCCAUUGUUUCUUUGCUUGAAGGAGUGCCUGGAAUAAAGCAUUUGAGUCGUGCGAUUGAGUUAUAUCUAGAAUAUAAGCCACCAAUUGAAGAUCUGCAAUAUUUCUUGGAUUUUCAAAUUGCUCAAGUUUGGGCCCCGGAGCAGAAUAAUCUGCAACGAAAAGAACCUGUGUGUUCAUCCCUUCAGUUCAGCUUGAUGGGUCCCAAGCUUUAUAUCAGUCCAGAUCAGGUAACAGUAGGACGCAAGCCUGUCACUGGGCUUAGACUGAACCUAGAAGGCAGCAAACAGAACCGACUUGCCAUACAUUUGCAACAUCUAGUGUCCCUUCCAAAAAUCCUUCAACCCCAUUGGGAUGCGCACAUGGCGAUAGGUGCACCCAGGUGGCAAGGUCCUGAGGAGCAAGACAGCCGUUGGUUUGAGCCAAUCAAGUGGAAGAACUUCUCCCAUGUAAGCACUGCACCAAUAGAGCACGUGGAGACUUCUAUUGGUGACCUUUCUGGUGUUCACAUUGUCACAGGUGGUCAGCUUGGUGUUUGGGAUUUUGGUGCCAAAAAUGUAUUGCACCUCAAGCUCCUCUUCUCCAAAGUACCAGGCUGCACGAUUAGGCGGUCUGUUUGGGAUCACAGCCCCUCCGCCCCUUCUUCUGCACAGAGAUCUGAUGGUUCUUCUUCAUCACACUCAUAUUUAAACAACAGAACAUCUGAUGAUAAAAAGGAAGAUAGUUCAAGCCAUAUGGCAAAACUAGCAAAACUAGUGGACUUGACAGAAAUGUCAAAAGGGCCUCAAGAUAUUCCAGGUCAUUGGUUAGUCACAGGGGCUAAGCUUGGAGUUGACAAGGGAAAGAUUGUAUUGCGCGUAAAAUACUCCUUGCUGAACUACUGA